AUGUUCCGUGCAACCCUCAAGCGGUUCCUCGGGAGAAUCGACAUCGCCAUUCGCAAUAUCCUCUUCAUCAUAUUCCUGCGGCUCCCAUUCAUCAUGGACCAUGCGAACAAACUCCACCUCCUCACCAAAGUCCUCAGGGCGUUCAGAACGGAUUCCAAAGGGGCGGAGCAAAAAGCUAUAAUGACUAGGAAAGUUUCUACGCACGAGAUAUCCCAACAUGCCAACGAAGAAGACGCUUGGAUUGUGGUAAAUGGCAAAGUGUACGAUGUGACGAAAUUCGCACAGGGGCACCCUGGAGGCGCAGAGAUCAUUUACCAAUUCGCCGGUCGGGAUGCAUCAAAACCAUACAAUAGCACCCACUCGCCAUCUUUGAUCAUGGAGCUUGACGACCAUGUUAUUGGUGAGCUAGACACCAGUACCAUCACGGAGGAAUGGAGCAGAGAGGUCCAGGAUCCACAGAAUACAGCGAGCUCGACAGACACGACAUACCAAAGGCCCGCUCUAGAAGAUAUAAUCAAUCUGGACGACUUCGAGCAUGUCGCCAUGAACACUUUCAGCCCCAAAUCGUGGGCAUACAACAGCGGCGCGGCAAAUGACAAUUUCACACGAGAUGCGAACCGCUCCUUUUUUAGAGACAUAUGGUUCCGCCCGGCUAUUAUGCGAAAUGUGUCAAGUGUCAAUCUCAAAUCUACUCUGUUUGGAUGUGAUCUCGAUAUCCCGGUCUACAUUUCCCCAGUCGGCGCUGCAAAGACGGUAUUCGAAGAAGGCGAGUUGGCACUGGCUCGGGGUGCUGCCAACUCUGGGAUUCCAUAUUGCCUUUCUACCAUGAGCUCGUACUCAUUAUCAGAAAUCCUGGACGUGACCUCGAAACCGGUCUUCUACCAGCUGUACAUCAACAAAGACCGGCCGAAGACGGAAGCGCUCGUUCGUCUAGCGCAGGAUUCCGGCAAGGUUAAGGCACUUUUUGUGACUGCCGAUCUACCAGUCAUGUCGAAGCGAGAGGCAGACGAGCGUAUCAAGCCAGAGGGAAAUGCCGUCUUGAUCAAAGUGACGCAAGGAAGUAAACAUGUUGGAAAGAAGAGUGCGGGACUUGCAAAGUCUAAUAGUUCUAUGAUUGACUCCUCGCUGAACUGGAACGAUCUCAAAUGGCUGAGGAGUAUUACCAAUCUUCCGAUUCUAGUCAAAGGUGUCCAGCGCGCUGAGGAUGCUCUCAUGGCGGCGCAGGUUGGGUUUGAUGGGAUCGUGAUAAGCAAUCAUGGAGGUCGGGCUGCGGAUACGGCGCCGCCGGCUAUAUUGAUUCUACUGGAGAUUCACCGUUACUGCCCGGAGGUAUUUGGCAAGAUAAAGGUGUUGAUUGAUGGAGGUUUCCGCCGUGGAUCGGAUGUUGUCAAGGCUAUCUGUCUCGGUGCCUCGGCUGUAGGCCUUGGUAGACCAUUCCAAUACGCCUUGGGGUACGGACAGGAGGGGGUUGAACAUGCGGUUGAACUACUCAAGGAGGAAAUCCAAACAUCUACGCAGCUGGUGGGUAUGACAGAUUUGAUGCGAGAUGCUUCUCCAACAUACCUCAACACCGCAGGAGUGGAACACUUGUUACCCCCAAACUACACAUCUAUCCAGAAGAGCUUCCUCCGGCGUCUUAUCAAGCUGUGA